AUGGAUGCUGACAGUGACGUUAACACACUACCAACUCAUCUGCUUCUCGUGCACAUUGAGCGUUGUGAGCGACUGCUGAGCCACCCGCUGUUACUGAGCCGUUUGCCAGAUGGUGGGGAAAGCAUCCGUGCGCGCCACACUCUUUUUGUUGCAGAGAGAAAACGACGUGAGGCGAAUGGUGAUGCUGCAAUAGUCGCAAAGUCUGUUGAUGCUGUUGUUCCGCACUGCAAAGAGAAAGGGGUCUCAUCAACAGAUGACCUACUGAAAGGAAUGGAUAUGAACCCUCGGGAGACAAAUAUUUCGUGUAGACAGUUUGACAGCAAGAAUAUUCUUGACAGAAAUACGGAAGAGUCAUACAAAGAGGCAGUGCAGGCGAUGACUGAAAAAUACAGACACUAUAGAAUCCCUGUGGAAGCGAUUGUGCGUCGUACAUUUGGGGGGUCACUUUCUGAGACUGAAAUUCAGCGAAUUCUUGAUGAUGUGCCACCAAACUACUUUUUGACACAUGAUGAGACAAUGUCUUUGCAGCGGAAACUUCUCAAGGAGGAACGUCUUGAUGCACUAGAGAUGUUGCGACGUCAGCAAGAGUAA